AUGGUUUUCUAUUUCACCUCCAACGUCGUGUCGCCUUCCGCCUUCAUUUACGUCGGAAAGGACAAAUUCGAGAACGAGGAUCUCAUCCAAUUUGGAUUGGAUAAUGAUGUCUGUGCCCACGUCUACGUACGUCUCCGUGAAGGUGAAACGUGGGACAACAUUGCCCAACCGCUCCUAGAGGAUUGCGCCCAACUUACAAAAGCCAACUCCAUUGAAGGCAACAAAAAAGACAACAUCACUAUUAUCUACACACCAUGGUCAAACCUAAAAAAAGAUGGGUCGAUGGCCGCCGGUCAGGUCACAUUCCAUAAUCACAAGCUGGUUCGCAAGGUCUACGUCAAGCAGCGAGAGAAUCAUAUUGUCAAUCGACUCAAUAAGACCAAGGUUGAGAAGUACCCCGAUCUUCGUGCUGAGAAGGAGGAAUAUUUACGGAAGAAGAUGCGCGGGGACCGCAAGACCCGAGAGGAGCAGCGGGCGCAGGAGAAGAAGAAGCAGCAGGAGUAUGAGCAACUGAAGUGGCAGAAAGCGCAUGCUUAUGAUGACAUGUUCACUGAAGAGAACCUCGAGAGCAGUAACAAUCAGGAUCGCGAUGAGAACUUCCUGGACGACUUCAUGUGA